GGGGGCGGCCCCGGCUGUCGGGAGGGCGCCCGGGCCCGGCGCCGACUGCGGCCCCAGGGGCUGCCCGCGCUGCGGAGGCGCCCCUAGGCCCGCUUCUGUGCUCGUGCUUUCGUCCCGCGGUCCGAAGUUUUGUAGUGGGAGCGUAACCAAUCAGUUCUCCAUUUAAUGGCUUUAAAAUUCCGUUUGGGCUGACUUGUUUUUGUUGCUCCUCGACACCUACGGUGACUUUUUUUGCCCCCUUCCCCCUUUUUAAUGAAAGGCCUCUUGUACGGUCAGUAGAGGCGUCAUUUUUGUUGAGGGGCUGCUGGUUUAAAUCCAAGAGCUUAGCCCGUUACCCAUUUUACGGUGACAGGAAACAGAAAAUGAAUGAAAAGCUAACGUUUCGAGGGCAAUACAAAUCGACUGAUCUCUUCCGUCUCGUUUUCAGCCCCUCACAGUAAUCAAGGCUGGGAACACGGCGGGGGCGUACCAAGCGCAGCAGCAAGGCCCCUUCCUUCAUGACAGCCCCGUGACCCAGCCUUCGCCCCCUUCACGAAACUUGCUCCCGCAGUCCCGCUUUUCUCGCGGCCGGAAGGGGCGGUGGCGGCGGGCUGCCGUUACGGCGGGGCGGGGCCGCCUCGCGGCGGCGCGGAGAUGGCGGAUGAGGCGCUCUUCCUGCUGCUGCACAGCGAGAUGGUGGCGGGGCUGUACCGAGCCGCUGAGCAGGGCGAAGGGGUUUACAAAAGAUACUGCCAGGUUCAAGGAUGAAUUAGAUAUUAUGAAGUUCAUUUGCAAAGACUUUUGGACAACUGUAUUCAAAAAACAAAUAGAUAAUCUCAGGACUAAUCAUCAGGGUAUUUAUGUACUUCAAGACAAUAAAUUUCGGCUCUUGACGCAAAUGUCUGCAGGAAAGCAGUAUUUAGAACAUGCACCAAAGUAUCUAGCAUUUACCUGUGGACUAAUCAGAGGAGGCCUAUCCAAUUUGGGAAUAAAGAGCAUUGUAACAGCUGAAGUUUCCACAAUGCCUGCAUGUAAAUUUCAGGUGAUGAUACAGAAGAUGUAGAACACUUUCAAAUCUGGGUAUCUACCUUAAUCCUUUGUGUGUAUAACCUCAGUAUUUUGGUUUUGCUUUUUUUGUUUAGCUUGUAAGUUAUAGCAGGUUGCAGCAAAAUUCCUACACUAUAUAUAAUAAAUGUUCAUCAAAGUAACACUAUUUUCACCUCUUGGUAUGAAAUUAAUUUUAUACCAAGGUAUUAAUGUCCAUUACAGUAAAAACUGUCAGCUCAAAGAUUUCAACAAAAGAUGUGAAUUGCCAAAACAGCACAUAUGGAAGACCAGAGGCACAUUUUAAGAACUGAGCAAAAGAUUGACCAAGACUAAACUGGAGUAAAAAACCUAAUGUCUUGUGGCACCUAACAUGAACGCCAAACUGCUGCCUUUCCCUGUCGGCUCCAAACUGUAAGGCAGCAAUUGCUCUGCAUUAUUCUGAAGAAGCCAUCAUCACAUGAACUGGCAGCUUUCACUUAUGGUGUUCAGCGGAGGCUUAGUUCCUCGGUUAUGGGAAUGAUAACUGGGCAGUAGAAAAGAGAAGGCUUUUCUAUAUAGUUAAACAAUAUCUCCUGCCUCCUUAAAAUUCAUAGCUGUUCCUUUUGCUUCAGAAUUUUCCAGCUAAGGUCAUCUGCUACUGGACAAAGAAGGAAAUUUGUUUUAGCUUGUUGUGUAUAAUGUCAAUAUUAACAUAAUUGUUUUUGAUUGCUAGCUACAUCUCACUUCUGUAAUGAGUAUCAGCAGGAAGAUGGUUAGGCCUGCAAGGAGCUGUAAAGGCAUCACCAAGGCUCUGAGGACAUUGGGGUUUGCUAAGUACUUCUUGUUACAAGAUUUGCAUAGCAAUACAUAUCUUGCUCUAGGUAAGCAUGAGAACAUCUUGUUUAAACUACUUUUAAUGAAUUUUGCUUGAGACUUUUCUGUUCACAGUUCAGGCUUUAUAGUUUUGAAAUGAAUCAUGGUAGAAACUGAUGGUAUUACUGAGUCUUACUGUCCUUACUCAGAAGUGUAAGAAUGCCUUGUCUUGUGGUAGUGAUUCAGUUUGGUGCUACUUUAAGAACAGCAAAUACAGGCUAAAUAGAAAAACUAACACUUCAUAAUACCACUUUUGUCUGCUAUAACUGUCUGUGUUGGAAGAAGUAUAUGUUUUUUAGUUGCAUGGUGGGCAAGAACAGCAGAAACUAUUCUUCCCUAAACUCUAGGGAGGUUGGAAGGCUGUUAUAAGCUGGCAAGCUAAAGCUUAUAAAUGUGAUAACCAGGGGAUUAUAAUUGAACUUAAGAUGUGACCAAGUUCUGAUCUUUUCAGGUACUGUUAAUGCCAGUUCAGAUUCGUUCUAGCUGAUCAGCUUAACAGUUUUGGGAAGCAUCUAGAACAGAACUAAAAGAGCAGAAUGCUAUUCCACUGUGUACAGAGAGAAAAAUAAGUACUGUGGUAUGGUACUCAGUGAGGAUCCAGCUGUUAUGCUGAUUAAAACACUUGGGUCUUACAAUGGUAUAAAGCUUACAGGAAAGUUGUAUGUUUCAUCUAUCUGUAGAUAUGGAUUCAAUUUCUUAAAUCAGAAAUAUGCAUGAUUCAGAUUUGUUUGAAAUUGUAGUUAGGGAAUUGGCUGAUACUCUUCCCGGGUGCAUUUUAUGGGUUUUUGUGUUACCACCUCAUUCUGCUUCUAACAUGCUGGAAAUGCUGCUGAAGAGGCUAGAGUUAACUUGCCCUGUGUGUCAAAUGGAUAGACAUUUUGAUGGCACAUCUUACACAUCUGCAACAUGUGGUGGACAGCUGUUAGCAACAAGACUGAAUUGUCAUUUGCAUCUCUCUAGAAUUAAGACUCAAGUAGGUAUAAUAAUUCACCCUCAUUUUGCACUUGACUGUUAAAAGUACUAUUCCAGAUGCAAAAGUGCCAGUAACUUUAAGACACUUCAAAGGUUUAUUGAUAACUGAUUGUACUUUAAAGAAAAAAAAAAUUUAAACAAUAGUGAGGGACUUAAUUGAAGCUUACUACUUGUUUACUGGGAAAAUACUGUAUGUCAGUUUGCUGCAUCAGCAGAAUUUAUUGUUCCUUUAGCUUUUUAGUUGUUGAAUAUAAUGAGAACCACAGGAACCACAAAGCAGAUACUGAUAGUUGUGUGGAAGCAUUCCAUGUUAAAUAUAUGAAGUCAAAUAAGUGAGGUAAUGUAUUUGUCAAGACACCAUACAGAAAGUAAACUUGUUCCUUCUAUUUAAUAAAAGCCUCUAUUAAAGA